AUGACCUUAGUUGCAAGAGCAAUUCCUCCCUCACCUCCAAGCUCUGCAGACGGCCACCAUUUGGCUCAAGACUCUUUCGAGCACCCUGGUCUGUACGCAGGUUACAGCACUAUCAAGAUGCCCGGCGAGGAAACCAACAAUGGCAGCCAGCCUGAAGCCAUGCACUAUGGUUCCCCUCCAUUUUAUGCUCCCACCAGCUACUCUCAGAAUAUGACACCCCAAUCCAUGAUGAUGGGUCCCCCUCAAGUCACCACUCCCCCAGCUGGUUAUGAUGAAAGUCUCGUGCCUAUGGGUUCUCCUGCCAUGAUGUCUCCUUCGCCGCCUUCUUCACGCUCCCCGCGUAGUCGUGGCAAAGGACUUUCCAAGGCAACCGCAACCAAACAGCGACGCAAUCGUAACCGCAAAGACACUGAUGGCUUCAAGAUUGAAGGGGCGAUUAGCAAACUCACCGCCUCAUUUCACAAUACCCCAAUCAAAGACAUGGAUGCCUGGGUGGCUCGAUCUCCUCAGGAGCGACGCGAGGAAGUCCGCAAAAAGAAUGGCAAGAUCUCUCGGCCUAUGAACUCUUUCAUGCUCUAUCGGUCCGCAUACGCAGAGCGCACCAAGAGACUGGUUGGUGCAAAUAAUCAUCAAAUUGUCUCAAAGGUUGCAGGUAUGGGCUGGAAGCAUGAACCUGAGGAGAUCCGCCGUAAGUACGAAGACCUGGCAAAGGUCGAACGUGACAACCACGCAGCGACACAUCCGGAAUACAAGUUCUCGCCAAAGAAGGAUGGCUCCAUCAACAGCCGACGUGAUGGUUCCUCGCCUUCAUCCUUACCAGCACACCUUCUUGACGAUGGGGGUCUAUCUGACAUGGAAAGUGAAUAUGGUUCAGCCAUGUCAAGUAUGGGGCGCCCACAGUCGUUCUCGCACAGCCGGACUCACAGUUUCGAAGACUCAUUCUACAAUAGCAGCCGCGACUCUUCACCAUUCAACGGACACGAUCCCACGAUGGCUUCCGGCUACGUUCACGGGCGAUGGCAAAACACGAGCCACCCCACUGGUAUUCACGGCGUGCAGCCGCACUCACUCCAGGGCCCCUCUUCCUACGUCGACGAAGUGCGCUACCGCGCUCCUAGCCCCAACAACCAGGAGGUCGGCUAUGGCUCCUCUCUCGCUGGAAUUCCCGGUGCCACACACCACGAGCUGCUCCAGCCUCAGCUCGGACACGGUAUCCCCAUGGUAGAUAUGGACCCGCGCCUUCUCAGCAACAGCAACGAGUCCGCGGAAGUCAUGAACAUGGGACCUCCUUCCUACACAUCCACCCCUGGCUCAUAUUCCACCUGGGCUGACGAGAGCCACAAUGGAUACUUCGCGACCUCUUCGGCGCCGCCUAUGCUUGCCAACAAUGUCGCAUACGCUCACGCCAGCAUGGCGUCUACAUAUCUUCCCAAUAUGCAAAACGAGGCUCGGGAUUCCCAGUGGGACAUACAGCGUCCUGCCCAUCCCAUGGACGACCCAACUCCCGCCGAGUUUGAGAUGUGGGUCGAGUCCAGCACAGCACCAAACAACCACUACUAA